AUGGGAAAUUCCUGUAGUAGCUGCUGUUCAAGCUGUUUUGGAAAGAAAAAUAAGAAUGGUCUAUAUGAGCCCCUCCUACAAGAGAAUGAACGAGAAGCAAUUGCCGAACUAUUACAAUAUCUUGAAAAUCGAAGCGAUACCAACUUCUUUGAAGGAAAACCUUUACAGGCCCUUUCUAUAUUAGCAUACUCAGACAAUGUCGACUUACAGAGAUCAGCUGCACUUGCAUUUGCUGAAAUUACAGAAAAGGAUGUCCGCCAAGUAGAUCGUGAUACUUUGAAUCCUAUCUUAUUCUUAUUACAGUCCCACGACGUUGAAGUACAAAGAGCGGCAAGUGCUGCCCUCGGUAACCUUGCUGUUAAUACUGAAAAUAAACUUUUGAUCGUCAAGCUUGGAGGUCUUGAGCAACUUAUCCGCCAGAUGGGAUCACCUAACGUUGAGGUUCAGUGCAAUGCUGUUGGUUGUAUCACAAACCUUGCUACUCAUGAUGAAAACAAGACAAAGAUUGCUAAAUCUGAUGCACUCAGGCUUUUAGUAGACUUGGCAAAGUCAAAAGACCAAAGAGUACAAAGGAAUGCUACAGGGGCUUUAUUAAAUAUGACACACACACAGGAAAACCGUCAACAGCUGGUCAACGCAGGCGCGAUCCCCGUUCUCAUCAGUUUGCUCAGCUCACCCGAUGCCGAUGUUCAGUACUAUUGUACUACAGCACUUUCUAAUAUCGCAGUAGAUGCCAGUAACCGCAAAAAGUUGGCACAAACAGAUUCUCGGCUGGUUCAAUAUUUGAUUGCAUUGAUGGAUACAAAGAGCUUAAAGGUUCAGUGUCAAGCUGCACUUGCGCUUAGAAAUCUUGCAUCUGAUGAGAAAUACCAGCUGGAGAUUGUACGAUGCAAAGGUCUUCCGCCUCUCUUACGUCUUUUGAAAUCCUCAUUUUUACCACUCAUCUUAUCCUCUGUUGCCUGUAUUCGUAAUAUAUCCAUACACCCUGCUAAUGAAUCACCCAUUAUUGAUGGAGGAUUUGUCAACCCACUGAUUGAGCUGUUAGCCUAUGAUGAUAACGAGGAAAUUCAAUGUCAUGCUAUAUCAACCCUUCGCAAUCUUGCAGCUAGUUCAGAAAGAAACAAGCGCGCUAUUGUCGAAGCAGGUGCUGUCGAGCGCAUCAAGACGUUGAUCAACAAGGUUCCUUUGAGUGUCCAAACAGAAAUGACAGCCGCCAUUGCUGUCUUGGCUUUGAGCGACGAGCUGAAGCAGAGACUGUUGAGUAUGGGAGUGUUGGAUGUCUUGGUUGAAUUAACUUCACAUCCCAAUUUGGAAGUAGAAGGAAAUUCUGCUGCAGCUAUUGGAAACCUUAGUUCAAAGGUCCCUGAUUAUAUGCCCUUUGUUAAGAAUUGGAAAACACCUUCUGGCGGACUUGAAAGGUUCUUGAUCCGAUUCCUUUCAGAAGACCAAGACAUUGCCUUCCAACAUAUUGGUGUUUGGACCAUCGAACAAUUCUUGGAUGGUGGAGAUGAAAGACUCAUCAGCUUGAUUGGUGAUUCACACCCCAUAUUGGAAUCAGUACAGAGAAUAGUGAAUAAAGCACAGACAUCAAAAGCCGGACAAAAUGACAAUGUUGAAGAUAUGGAUGGAGAUAUUAACGCAAUAGCCAAACGUGUACUUUAUACUUUGCAGCAAGUUUCCUCAAAAGAAUUCUCCAGGAAAACCAAUUCAAAGUAG